AUGCUACAGGCAGUGGUGCCACACUGCAUCAGCUCAGCCAAGGGCGAUCGCCACGAGUACCAAAACUCGAUGCUCGAGUCCGUCGAAACCACGCUGAAGCAGAUCCAGGCGAAGCAGCAAGCGGAAGUGGCAAACGCACAAUCCACUCUUGCGGAUUUCGAAGCGAAGCAGGAGAAGGCAGCUGCACAGCUGCAAAUGGUCGAGGGACAGGUGGCUCAAUGCCAGGAAGACAAGGCGACGAAGGACCAAACCCAGGCCGACGCGAAUGCGGCCGUGGCAGAAGCAACGCAGGCUCUGCAGCUUGCACAGGAGAGUGAGCAGAGCUUGGGCGCUGAAAAAGAUGCCAUCCUGAAAGACCAAGAAGAGUCUCAGAAGUUUCUGACGACCACCUGGGAAGCCGUGAAGAGUGGCGCCUUCUCAGGCCAGGAGUGGCGAGAGCGCAACAAGGCCAUAGAAGCGUCGAUGAAGAUCCUUGACGGCUUCGGCUUGGACGCCAGCCUCAAGGCGGCGCUGCCCACAGCCUUGAAAACGAAGCCUGGGGACCGCAAGAGGUUUAGCCUUUGCGCAGUGCAGUUUGCGGAGGUGGCCAUAACCACCCGGCUGCAGAAGCUGCAGGAAAAGGUGGACAACUUUGAGCAAGAGGCCAUUGCACGGUCGCAGGCCGUGACGGCAGCCAAGGAGGUGCUGGCAUCUUCCGAAGAGAAGCUUCAGGUUGCCAAGGCUGAGGCAGUGUCAGCGAAGGAUGCACUGCAGGCUGCUGUCCACAGCAAGGCUGAAAUCGAGAAAGAGAUCAAGGCUUCUCCAACUCUGCUGGCCAAGCUCCAAAAAGAAAUGGAGAAAUGCCAGGGAAGUCUGACUCUUUCGCAAAACAGCCUUAGCCACUUCCUGAACCUGAAAGACAGGUCAUCCGAGCCUUUGCCGACCGAUGAGGUGCAGAUCCCUGCCCAGGAGGCCACUGCCUGA